AUGUCUUCUUCCAACAUUGUUUAUGUUAUUGAUGUAGGUAGCGGAAAUUUGCGAUCUCUAAUUAAUGGAAUAACAUAUUUAGGUUUCCAAACCAAGCUAAUAACAAAUCCUGCAGAUUUACCUGAACCCAGUGCAUCAACAAACCUAAUUUUACCAGGUGUAGGUAAUUUUGGCCAUUUUGUUGAUAAUCUAUAUUCUAAAGGCUUCGAAAAACCAUUGAAAAAUUAUAUUGCAUCAAAUGGCAAAAUCAUGGGUAUUUGCGUUGGCUUACAAACUUUUUUUAAAACUAGCGAAGAAUCUCCAACUAGUAAAGGUUUGAACUUAAUCGAGAAUUUUAACUUGUCCAAGUUUGAUGAUUCAGAUAAACCAGUCCCUGAAAUUGGUUGGAAUAGUGUGUAUUCUGAUUCUGCUUUAUUUUACAAUUUGGAUCCCUAUAAAAGAUAUUAUUUUGUUCACUCAUAUGCGGGUAUACUAAAACAAGAUGAUGAGGCAACCAAAAAAGCUUUAAAAGAUUGGAAUAUUGCAAAAUGCAAAUACGGAAAUCAGGAAUUUAUAGCAGCUAUUAUGAAGGGUAACAUUUUUGCUACUCAGUUUCACCCGGAAAAAUCAGGUUUGGCAGGUUUACAGGUCAUCAAAUCCUUUUUACUCGGUGAUUCGAGUCCAGCAGAUUUAUCUCACUACACUGAUAUACAAAAAGCUCAAUUGUCCAACGACUAUUCGAAUUUUGGAUUAACUCGUAGGAUCAUAGCUUGCUUAGACGUACGUUCCAAUGAUCAAGGUGAUUUGGUGGUUACUAAGGGGGACCAAUAUGAUGUUAGAGAAAAAAUAGGAGGUAAUAAUGUUCGUAAUUUGGGAAAACCGGUCGAACUAGCCGAAAAAUACUACAAGCAAGGGGCUGAUGAGGUUACUUUUUUGAAUAUCACUAGUUUCAGAAAUUGUCCUGUUAAAGACACUCCGAUGUUAACGGUUCUAUCCAAGGCUGCUGAAACCUGUUUUGUCCCAUUAACUGUUGGUGGGGGGAUUAAAGAUGUUCUUGAUGUUGACGGAACUUUGAUUCCAGCAGACGAAGUUGCUGCAUUAUACUUUAGGUCUGGUGCUGAUAAAGUUUCUAUUGGGACUGAUGCAGUUUAUGCCGCUGAAAAGUUUUAUGCAAAUGGCAUGAAGGGGGAUGGUACAUCCCCUAUUGAAACCAUCUCCAAGAAAUUUGGUGCCCAAGCCGUCGUUAUCUCUGUAGAUCCUAAAAGGGUCUAUAUUAAAACUCUUGAUGAAGUUGCACCAAACAAAAAUGCUAUCAAAACAAAAUUUAAAGGCCCAAUGGGGGAAGAAUACUGUUGGUAUCAGUGCACCAUUAAAGGUGGAAGAGAGACAAGAGAUCUAAGUGUUUAUGAAUUAACUCGUGCUUGUGAAAAAUUGGGUGCUGGGGAAAUCCUUUUAAAUUGUAUUGAUAAAGAUGGUUCAAAUUCUGGCUACGAUUUAGAGUUGAUUAAACAUGUUAAAUCUGCUGUUAAGAUACCCGUUAUUGCUUCUAGUGGUGCAGGCAAUCCACAACAUUUUGAGGAAGCUUUUGAAGAAACCAACUGUGACGCAUGUUUGGGUGCCGGUAUAUUCCAUCGUGGUGAAUAUACUGUUAAUGACAUCAAAAAAUAUCUUUUAAGCAAAGGUUUAAAAGUUAGAAUGGAUAUUCAAUAA